AUGAUUGUCGAUAAGAUUUCCGUACCCUGUUCUUCCCUGUGUUUCAUCUGGUGGUUCUUCAUCACUCAUGCUGCCACAAACCCCGGAAACGCAGAUGUCAACCUUUUGCAGCAGUUCUCAGCUACGGCAAGCCCAUCUCCCAAUGAUCAUCAUCUCAUGGUUGCGUUGAUGAACUCUCCCAGUCCAAGCUUAACAAGAGAGCAGUUGGAAGAGGAAUGGGAAGCGACAACAUCACAACUGAAGAAUCGCUUGUCUUGCUUCCAUGGAUCGACUCAAAGCUUGACUUCAACCCAUGAUGAGAGCUCACGAAUCCCGGAAAAGAUGCAGAGGAAACGCAAAUACAGUCAUACACAACCUUCCAUCUUCAAUCCAACUUUAAACCAUGAACAACCUUCGAUCCCCACUCCAACCUCAACCCCUCCCGUCGUUCCAUCAGAUGUUGAAAGAGCUUUUUCUGGCGAGCUGGUUGGCCCAAGCUUGGCAGUCAGUCAGGAAUAUAAUGAGGCCCAGAUUAGCAGAGAGUUGAACUCAGAACAGGCGUUGAGUCAACUCAAUCCUGAUAUCUUUACCAAUAAUCCAGAAGAAAUCCCAAACCAUCCACUGCGAUUCAAAUCAGACAUAGAACAUCCGGGUUGCUGCACAUCAGUCGGCACCCUUUCAGAGCCGCUUCUGCAAGAAUUUAGCUCGGAUUUUGACAAGGCGUUGAAAGUGUACUCUAAGACCUUGAGUCGACUUUCAACGCUUAUCAAGCACCCCAGCUUACCAUUUGGAUUGACGGGUCUUGUUUCAGAUUCAACCUGGUUAACAAGGGUUCUAAGCGAAUCAAGUCGGGGGACCAAGACUCAACAAAGACGGGUGUUGUGCUUCCUUUUUAGAAUGUUGAUUUCAUGGACCUACGAGUUCCUCGAACAGACUUUAAACCAUUUCGACGCACCUAUCUUUGCGUACAGAAUUCACCAAAGAAGAUUCUUGGGAUGGCUGCGGGAGCAAAUCUUCCCAUCCCGUACUACAAGUAACACUGACAAUAAACAUAUUCGUAUCUUCCAAUUCAUUCGACCGCCAUGUCCGACUUGGGAAAAGGACUUCUCUGACGGCUCUCUGGGCCUGACUCAAAUACAUUUGAUCAAUUUCUUUUCCACCAACAAGGACAACACUGAACUGGCAAAAGUAACUGCUGCCUAUCUUGUUGAAACUUACUUGGCCAAUAAAGAAAGUGGGUCUUCUUGA